GCAGUCAAACCGAAACUCCGGUUGAAAGACCUAUAUACAGUUAGCCAAUAGUUUAAUCUCUCUCUCUCUCUCGCCUAAAAUGUAGCUUUUAUUGAAAUUACUAAUAUUACUAGUGAAUUUUUUUGUAAAUUGAAAUAAUCCCUUAUUAUAAUAUAUGUACAGCAUAAAAAUAUGUCCCUUAUGUAUAUCCAUAGAAAGUCACGGAAUUCCCAUGAUUUAUUCAACACUGUUCAAGGUGAAAACGAAAGUGAAAAAAUAAAGGUGUGGUCACAGCACUGUACAUUUUGUACAGUAAGUACCCAUCAAAAUAGGUAAGAUAAUAUAUUAGACCGAGGAUAAUCUACCCAUUUCAAAAUUUUCUCACGCUCAUCAAUCUGAUUGGCUCACUGCUAGGCAGGCACAUUUCAGAUGAAAUGGCGUCUCUGUGCCUUCUCUCGGUGCUGUGCAUUGUGCUGCUCUGUUCAGCUGAGGCAGCACAGCAAUAUAAAGUGGUGUCAGCUUGUCCAAGGGACGAAACCAGUUGGAGAUUUGAAUCGAACAGGAAGAAAUGCCAGGAACCCACCCCAGACUAUUUGUGUGCAGCCAUGGAAAAUUGGGUGGGACAUUUCGGAGAAAUCUGUACUAAAUAUGGACUGUCACCUAAAAACAAAUGUGCAGUACUUAACAACCAGACCUACAAUUUGGACUCUGUUGAUUGUAAAGCUCCAUCCAACUGUCCAGAUAAACCGUACAGUCCUGGGGAAUUGUGGAAAUAUCAGAUUUGCUACCAAAAUUUUUAUGGCACGACACCUACUCCUGCUGUCACCACUACGAAAGAAAUGACGACUAUCCCUCCAAAUUCAUCACCGGAUGAUGGUGGUUCAGGAGGAGCAGUGGCAGCUGUGGUUGUGGUUGUGGUUUUGCUUCUGAUUGUGGUUAUUGUUGUUUUACUGGUGUGGAUGUACAGAAGAAACCAGUGGGGGUCCAGGGAUAAAUUAGCAGGCUGGAGAAGUCGUCUUCCAUUUGGUAGAGGUGACGAAAGCACAGGUGCACGUAAUAGAGAUGUUGAAAAACCAGGCCAAAUAGAAUCAGAGGCUCUUUUGAAAUCAGGUGAAGGAAGACCUGCAGCAGAACAAAAUAAAGAAGACCUUCCAAUGUACAGUAAAGUUGUUAAAAAGGACAAAUCAAAGACGACAGAUGAUGCCACCAUCAUGAAAAAGAGAAUAGAGAAGCUUAAAACUCUGCAGAAGUACCUGGUUCACAUCCUGAAGAAGGAGAUCUCUGUCACGGAUUUAAAAGAAAAGUCAAUCAUCCAUUCAAAAUCCCUUAGAGAACAUAUCGAAGAGCCACUUCGGAAGGAUCUCCAGAGUGUAAAAACUAGUGAUGAUUACAGUACACUGGACAUGUCCUUAGUGUUCGUAUUGCUUAGGAAUUUCUGUCCUAACAUAAAGCCGCCAACUAAAGGUUGGGAUUAUGAACCUCCGGACACCGAGAGGACAGUUGGUGCAGACAUUGAAAGAAUACGACAAAUGUGGAACAAAUACUGCGACAAUAACUGCGAAUUUAAAGACAUGGAUGAUGUUUUCAAUAGGAUGAAACAAAAAUAUGGUACAUUGGCAGUGGAAGAGAGUAACAAUACAUCAUCAGAUGAAAAGGAAAGCUUUGAAAAUGUGAAGGACAAAAUACAGAGUAUAAAGCUGAAUCCAGAUUGUGUCGUCGAUCAUGGCAUUGUGAUAACAGAGGGAGUAAAGACUGCUUUACAGCUUCUAACUACAAAGAACGUGGUGAUCUGUAGAGGGGCCAUUGGAUGUGGUAAAACACAUGCUUUAAGAGCAAUUCAGAAGAAAUAUGAAGAGAAAGGGUGGAAAUCAAAAUGGAUGGAAAAAAUUCUGCUAGAAGAAAUUCAUGAUGAGAAAACAUUGGUAGUUUGUGACAAUAUGUUUGGCAGGUUUGGUUGUAAUACUUUCUCAUCAAAGCAAAUUUCGAAAAUUGAAAAUUUACUGGAGAAAAUGUCAGAAAAUCAGGAAGGGAGCAUCAAAGUUGUUGUUGGAAUUCAUCAGCAUGUAUUUGAUGAAGUCAAGAAAAAUAACCAAUGGAAAUUUCUUCAAAAUAAAAAUAAUACAGUUGAAUUAGAUAAGCAGUCAGAGGCGGAAACUCUGUUAAUAUUCAAAGAACAGCAGAAAAGGGGCCAUUGCCAUAAGAAUCCAAAUUGCUGGUUUAGAAAUAUUGACUUUGCAUCAGUGAGUGCUAAACUAUCGCUAAGCCAAGGCCAUAUUGGCAGUCCUUUUCUGAGCUGGAUGUACUGCUGCCAUCAUGAAUUGUUUUCUGAAGAUGCUUUUAGCAAAGCCCCUCUGGAGAACUUGUCAUCACGCUUUCAGAAAAUGAAAACUGAUUCAAGCGAACUUUACUAUACUCUUGUUUAUAUAAUGUGUGUUGGAAAACACAGUCAUGGAAAUGAAUUGGAGAGCUUUGCAGGACAUAUUGAGGCAACGUUAGUAAAGGAUUCUGUAGAGAACGCUAU